UCAUCGUUACGUCACGACACCGGAUCCAGGAAGUGAGCUGGACCCAGUGCAGCGGCUCGGCAGCUUGUCAGUGCGCUGGCUUCUGCUGUCACUGGCGGCCGCUGCUCCGGCCUGGUGACGUCACCGCCCGCUCAGCUGGGCCUAGAGCAGCCUUAGCCGGAGGAUAAGCUAGAGGAUAAGCCGGGGUGCAGCCACUCCCUGCCAUGGAGCUGUGACAGGGGCACCCCCUACCACCUGGACGGGGCUAUGGGAUAUGAAUGAGCACAGCUGUUUUGCAGAAAAUGCCGGAAGGCUCGGAAGACCACAACCACUGGUGGGCGUAAUAAGUCUCCUCCUAUCCCAUCCUAAUACUGCUCACGUGUGGAGAUGGCACAGAGUCAUCAGCUUGACAUCCAGGUAUUAAAUGAUCUUCAGCAACGCUUCCCUGAGAUCCCACUUGAAGUGGUAUCUCAAUGCAUGAUGCAGAACAAUGGCAACAUUGAAGCUUGCUGCAGAGCUCUGAGCCAAGAAAGCUGCAAAUAUCUUUAUAUGGAGGGUCACAACCCAGAGGACAGCAGAACAAAUGGCAAUCUUUUGCACAUCAAUCUUGGCAUCCAUUCAGGCACCAAUUACCAGGGAGGUGAUGGAGCACAGGUGAAUGGACGUCCCCUGGUUCAUAGUUCAAGUGAUGGGCACAUUGACCCACAGCGCACCUCUGGCAAGUUUAUCUGUUUGGUUGAGCCUCAUUCGGCACCGGCAAUUGUGGCACAAAAUUUUAAUCCAUUUUUCUUGAAUGACCACAGUCGAAACUCACCGACUCCGCCCCCACAGCCUCUUCAUCAGCAAGGUGUAAACGCAUCAGCUAUGCAAGCUCCUCUGCCAACAUAUAUGCACUUACCUCGCUAUAGUCCAAAUCCUAUUACCGUAACAGUGUCACAAAAUAUACCUUCUGCUCACAAUGUGCCAAGAGCUUUACAAAUUGUUCCCCAAGUUCAGGGGAACCUUUAUGGAACUCCAAAUUCUAUUUACAUAAGGCAGUCAUCACAAAAUUCUCCUGGUAGGCAUAGCUCACAGAACUCGCCAUGGACACCGUCUUCUCCAGUUCCUCUGCCUAACUAUAGUCCUUGUCCUCUUCCAUUGUACUCUCAAGGUUAUCAACCUACACAGUAUUCUCCAAAACAGUCUCAGAUUCCACAGUCUGCUUUCUGUUCCCCUCCCGCAUCUCAAUGCACGUCUCCUUACAGCUCUCCCCAGCAUCAAGUGCAGCCCAGUCAGUUAAGCCAUCAGACUUCACAUGUGUUUUUGCCACCUAGUCCAUCAACAGCUUCACCUCACACUUUUCAGCAAACUCCACCUCCAUAUCCAAAGCAAAGUAGCUUAUCCUAUCUGCCCUAUGGAUCUGGCAUAAAUAAGAUGAACAAGAUAGAAAUUACAGUGGAGUCACCACAAAGACCAGUGACUGCAAUGAAUAGAAGUCCUUCACCAAUAAACCAGUCUUCCCAGAGGAGUCAUCAGUCUGCAUAUGCCUCAAAUGCACGGUCAGGGUCUCCAUCAAGAGCUAUGCCUGGCCAGCCAAAGACUCCUUAUGGUGUUAACCCAUUGUACAUUACAUACUCACAACCUCCAGCCACCUCUGGCUCUCCAACCCCCUCUCCACGUGGACUGAUGUCCCCAUCUAACCCAGCUUUUUUAAAAAUUACUGUUGCACGGGCUCCUACCGAAAACCUAUUAAAUAUUGUGGACCAAGAGCAGCACCCAGGAGCUCCAGAACCCAUACAACCAAUUACAUUGAUGCCAAUAUCGGGUGUCGAGAAAGGUGUUCACAAGUACCACAGAAGUUCAAGUUCUGGCUCAGAUGAUUACGCAUAUACACAAGCCUUAUUGUUGCACCAGCGUGCUAGAAUGGAAAGACUUGCAAAGGAACUGAAACUUGAAAAAGAGGGCCUUGAAAUGUUGAAGACAGAAGUGAAUGGAAUGGAACAUGACCUGAUGCAAAGACGUCUGAGGAGAGUGAGCUGUACCACAUCAAUACCAACUCCAGAAGAGAUGACCAGACUGAGAAGCCUGAAUAGGCAGCUCCAAAUAAAUAUAGAUUGUACACUGAAAGAAGUAGACCUGCUUCAGUCAAGAGGAGUGGGCAAACUUGAUGCAAAGGCAAUGAGCAACUUCUAUGAUAACAUAGCUCCUGGUCCUGCUGUACCUCCCAACUCAUGUAAAAAAGAAUCUUCUGAGUCUUCAUCGGGGGAACGAAAAGCCAGAAGAAUAAGUGUGACCUCAAAAUUAAAAAUUGAGCCACCUGAUAUUCCCAAUCCAAGUGCUGUGGACAUUGCUAAUAGAAACAGACCCAAUCAGAGACCAGCAAGAGAUGAAGAUUUUGAAGGGUCUCCAUGGAACUGCAAUAGCUGUACUUUUCUCAAUCAUCCGGCACUAAAUCGAUGUGAGCAGUGUGAGAUGCCUCGGUUCACCUGAGCUCGCCGCCUACUGCUUCACUUUGCUUGAAGUUUUUAUGAAGAUACUACUAUCUAGCAUGCACGAGAAAGUAAGGGACCUUACUCUUAAGUUAAUCCGCAAGCUGAGCCCAACUCCAGAGCUGCAGUUGGAGAUACAUUGGUCACAAGUUAUAUUAAUGAGUGGCAGGACAGUUUUGUUGGUGAUCCACCAAAACCCUCUCUGCAAUUUUGUGCGUAAAAUGAUGGAGGUUUCAAAAUGCUGGUCAUUUGGUUUCUUCUCCAGAAGACGAGAUGUUGUGGAGGGGCGCUUGAGGAUGCAGUUUUUGUAGACCAAUUAAUUGAUUCAUGAAGUGGAAGACAGAAUGAGCAAAAUAUUCUUUCUGCUUCCCAGAAGUAUCCUACUGAAUGAAGACUUUGGCAGGGAGCAGGUGUUGUAGUAUAAAAUAUCUUAUAAAGCAUAUUCACAGAGACAUAAUUGCUGCUUUUUUCAGGGUAAUUAAGUCCAUCCAAAAUGAUAAAAUGCUGUUCUAAAAUGUUGCUGGUGAUAAGAAAUCAAGGUUUUAGCCUUACCUUUUUAGAGCACAUUAUCUGAUGUGAUAAUGCAGAUCUUUUUUUUUUUUUUUUCUUUUUUUUUCCUUUUUAGUUUGUGUUGUGUCCUGCAAGCUGUAUCAUCAAACUACUGGUUAUGUUCACAAUUUUAAUAUAUACCAAGCUGAAGAUGAAAAUAUUACUGCAUGUAUUAAGUCUGUAUUCCUAUUGAAGUGAUUCCCCAAAGCUGUUAGGCUGUUGUAUGAUUAAUCAUGGCACCUCUGCCAAGCGCUGAUUUACGUUCUUCGAAAUGUAUACACUAAUAUAUAUCUAUAUAUUGUAUAUUUAUCAGCAGUUGUCCACCUAAUCGUAUUAUAUACUACAGCAUUAUUUUAACUAUUCACUGGAUUGUGAGGUCUCACAAAAAAGUGGAUGUUUCCAGACCUGUGGUGUAUGUAUGUGUGUGUGUGUGUGUGUAUGGAUACACACAUUUUCUGUUUCCUUCAUUGUCCUUGUCAUUUUUUUUUUUUACCCCAACCUGCUGUUGAGCUUCCCAUUUUGUGAAACUGCUUGAUGUUUACAGCAAAGAAGGUACUUUGUGCCCUCAAUGGACCCACUUGACUUUAAUUCAAAUAAACCGCCAGAGUCAAACUAGCUGUGUUAUUUGCACAUUGUGAAAGAGCAUACUUAUAAAAGUGAAGGCAGAUCUAGAAAUGUUGUGCACUGCAUACUUUUUUUAUUAAGGUAAUAUUUUUAAUGUUUUCUCUUUUUUUGUUAGAACAAAAUACAUGAUAAAUUAAAAAAUAUAUGGUUGAAAAAUUCAUACUGGUACUUUUAAUGCAUCUAAAUUCUUGUAUUGUCAAGGUGAUUGGUUUGCAUCAUGCAAGUGGCUGAAAAAAAAAAAAUAAAGCACCUAAUUCUUUUGUGAAAUCAAAGUAUUUGAGUUGACUUGUAAGUCUUGAAUUUUUUUCUAAGAACAAUAGUUUUGGGGUUUUAGAUUUUUUUUUAAAUCUUUUUGAAAUCUUAAAUUGUAUGUGUAACUACCGUAAUAGCCUGAAUGAGCCUGUUGCCAUUAUUAUCUAGUCUAAACUGAAAUGCUUCACACAUAUCGAAAUAAACUGCAUGUGUAUAUGUAGUCACAACAUUUAUUAAAAUAUGCCUAUACUGUAAGUUAUCAGUAUCCGUCAAAGGUUUAAACACAGCUACUUAAAGGGGUAAUUUGGUAAACUAAACCUAUAGACCAUCCUUUCGCUCUUACCUACCUAUUUGUCUACAUAUUAUUCAUACACUUACAUGCAAGGAGUGAGGAAAAUAUGUCAUCCAGCCUUCCACUGUGUCUCUGUCCAAGUCCCUCUUUGAAAGCAGCCCCCGCCCGCCUGAGAGAAACAGGCCACUGGUUUCUGCCCUGCACUAAGUAAUGCUUCCUUUAGCUGGGAGGUAUGUGCAGCCUUAGCCAGUCAGACACUAUCUCUCUGCUCACAGUCAAGAGGGGUGGCAGCUGCUCUCAGAGAGGGAGCUGUGAGGAGCUGAACGACAGGGAGAACAGAGCUGCCAUAGCUUCAGGGAAAUUUAGUAUUCAUGCUGAAGAAGAGGUGAAGGAUUGCAAAGAAUAUCAGGCAACCAGAAAAGACAACAGGGGCCACAGGAGUUAUGCAUAGCAGGCAGAAUCCUUUAAGGGAACAUAUCCAGGUAGUGUGGUGGCUUUUAUUUUUAUUUUUUUUUAUCUGUACUUCCCUGGAGCAUCCUGUUUAAUUUUCAUUCUAAAAUUUGCAAAGCUUUAAAAGCAAAGCUAUCAAAUGCAUCAAAACGAAAGAAUUAGACAGUUCCAAAAAAUGGUAACAAAUUAUGACGAAGCACUCCACCUCUCUCUUUGUUGAAUGAUUUUUAUUAUCAUGUGGUGUGUUUUGGGGUCAUGUCAGAUAAAUAUCCCAAACUAGAUAGGGGGGGUUGUAUUGCUGCAGAAUUAUGUGUACCUGCUGCUUUAAAUAAAGACACAGUAUCACCAACAAAGGAAUAUCACAAUACUUCCCCAUUUGACUCUUCUUGAUUGGUUAACCACAACCAAAAAGUACCCACUUUCCUUCUUUGUGCCUUAGGCUAAGUUUCUACUUGGUUUUUUGUCCUGAGUUUU